UUUUUUUUUUUUAAAAAAAAACUUUGGGGAGGGUACAUCAACAAUUACCAAUCAAUUAAUUGAUUCACAUCAAGCACCUGCCAAUCUACCCUCUUAACUAUUUGAGGUGCCUGCAUUACAUCGCCAACACCUUGGACGCAACCAGCUACACACAUAGGUAGUAGGUACCUACAUACUACGCCGUGGGUGCCUGCCUUUAGAUUACUCCACCCUUGCGACAAACCCACGUACAGCUAGCCAAGGGCCCGAGUUCGAGGAAAGUUGCCACAAUGCCUCACCGCGUAGCAAACUUCCUGCGCACCUCGACGCAUAACCUCGAGACCCAACUUGCCGCUGGAUUCAAGCGCCAAAAAUCUCCCCCACAAACUCCUAGACACUCCAGGAGCGCAUCUCCUUCUUACGCAUCAUCUAUCAACGAGGAGGCAGAAGAGUCUGGAGUCAUGACUCCAGAGAGGCAUGAGUCGUCUUCUGAGGGACACCAUCACCACAGGCUAUCCCUCAACGGUCUUGGUCAGCUCAUCCGCGGGACAAAGGACCUGCACAUUCACCAGCAGUCCAACCAAGCUGCUACUUUGAACCUAAAGGUCGAAUCGCCACCCCUCGUCCUCUAUGGAGAUGCAUCAAGCAGCACCGGUGCCUUGUUUUCGGGCUCGAUGCACAUGGAACUAAAGGAGGAUGUGCCCAUUGAGUCAUUCACGGGCACCCUCAAGAUACAUGUCACCCAAAAACGCCCCUUUAAUACUCAUUGCCACGACUGCACACAUCAGUACACGGAGCUUCAAAGCUGGUCUUUUCUCAAGGCACCGCUAGUUCUGACAAAGGGAUCACACUAUUUCCCUUUUUCUUUCUUGCUUGGCGGUCACCUACCCGCUACUAUGGACGGACCGUUGGUCAACAUCGCAUACGAAUUCCACGCCGAAGCCACCCCUGGCCAAGGCCAUGGUCCCAGCAUCAAGUUUGACAAGAAUAUCGACGUCAAACGUUCCCAGCCCGAAGCAGACGUGCCGCAUCACUCGAUACGCGUGUUCCCUCCUAUUGACGUCAAAUCGAGCGCACACUAUCCCCAAGUGAUCCACCCUCUGGGUGUUAACACGCUCUCGCUCCGCCUAGACGGCAUCGCCAAGUCCAAUCCAACUUGCGGGACCGUCGAGUUCUGGAAGCUUAAAAAGUUAUCGUGGAAGCUUGAGGAAAAGUCAAAAGUCAUUGCGCCCGCGUGUGAGAAGCAUGCGCCAAAGGAAGAGACGACCUCGGAAGAUGCCAGUCCGGCCAGGAAGGGUCUGGAGAGGACGGAUAGCAGGAUAAUCGGCGAGCAGACCUACUUCAAGGGCUGGAAGAGCAAUUACUCGUCUGCCGAUGAUGCCACGGUCGAGAUGGAGUUCGAUUGGGGUCUGAGCAAGAAGCUCGAAUCGGAAAUGACCAAGUCAAAGAAACACAAACGAUACGUAUGCGACACCAAGUGCGCAGAUGGAACCGAGGUCACGCAUCAGCUUGAGAUUGAAAUGGUGGUGUCUCAAGAGUACGCCCCAGCAAAAAAGCUAGACAUGGUGACACAGACAGGAGUUGGCCGUAUAAUGCGCAUGCACUUCAAUGUCAUCCUCACAGAGCCGGCCGGCUUGGGGAUCAGCUGGGACAACGAAGCUCCUCCGAUAUACUCGAUGGUCCCCGCGUCCCCUCCUGCAUACUGUGGCUCAGAGGAAUCAGCCGACGAGCUGGACUUCAGCAACAUUGAAAGCCUGAUGGGUGGAUCGUCCCCCACGUCUCCCAUUACUCGCUCGCCGCCAAGCAGUUAUGCGGAAGCUUCUGCCUGACUCUAAGCAGUACGACUUGACGAUUCAGAAACAAACCAAAUUAAGCACGAGCGUAUCGAAAAUUUGUAUUCGCGGCGAUUUUGCACCCCGGCAAUUCCGUUCAUAAUGUUAAAAUCACUUACAAAUAGCUUCCAGCCGGGGGACGCCAGCCACGCAUUUUCUUCACUUUGCUUAGCCUUGCUUUAUCCGCAUUAUACCCAAUCAGAGUUUUGGUUCUUUUUUGUUUUUUUUUUUGUUUUUUUGUUUCGUUGCGGCAAGACCGCGGCAUCAUGGGAACCAGACUGGCAGGGAUUCGCCAGUCCUGGCGGCGUUCAGGUAGUGCAUAUGGGGACAUUGGGAAUCAAAAAGGAUUAUUUGGGUUUAAUUGAGCGAGAGGUUGCUCGCUCACGCUGAUGCGCUUCUUGAAAAGACUAGAAGAAGGGUGGAAAUGGAGAUCAGAUUAGAAGAAUAACAGAACAGUCAUGGGCUGGUUAUCUUAUUCAGCGGGGUUGCGCAUUAUUCACUGUAAACACUAAAGA